AUGGCUUCGGGAUGGCUGAUCCUUAUCCUCGGCUGCUUUGGCCAGUUGAGUGCCAUGAAUGUUUCCAUUCCCUCCGAGGAACUGGAACUACAGGACAGGCUGCUCCGUGUGCUAGCUAGACUUCGAUUGGAGGAGCAGUUCAACACUUUGCUAAUCUACGGGAAUGAGUGUAUUUUUCAUUCCUUACUGAGACACCUGGUUAUACCCACAGUUGUGGUUACCUCUGGCAGCACAGACUUUGACUGGAACUUUAGCAGCUCCACACUAAUCCUGUCCUGCGCACCGGAAGCGGACAGAGAGGAGAAUCCGGUGACUCUAAUGAAACUUCAAAGAACCAGACGCCUGAUAUCCUUGCAGAAUGCAGUGUCAACCUGUGAGUCCAUUUGUCACCAGUACUCCCUGAAGGAGCAGCAUAACGUGGCCAUCAUCAAGACCAACUUUGAUCAGUCGGAUAUUAUAUAUUCGUGUCGCUUCUUUCAGAGGCCCAACCAUCAGGAAGUUCACUUCUUUGCAGAUCAACCUAUAUACAUAGAGAACUUCCGGAAUAUGCAUGGAGCAGAGAUCAGGACGAUUCCCGAUUAUUUGACACCACGAACCAUGAUGUACCGGGAUAAGAAGAGUGGGGAAUCCCGGAUAAUGGGCUACCUGGCCAAUGUGCUCAAUACCUAUGCCGAGAAAGUGAAUGCCAAAGUGCGCAUUGAAAACGCAACCAAGUUGGGUGUGAAGAAAGCCAGUGUGGGGGAAAUCCUGCGUGGCGCUCAAGAGGAGCUCCUGGACAUUGGCACUGCCUUGGCCAGUUCCUUGCAGGUUAAGAAUAUGAGUUUCAUUACCUAUCCCUACAUACUCACCGGCUACUGCCUGAUGAUUCCCGUGCCAGCCAAGCUGCCAUACAACCAGGUGUACUCCAUGAUUGUGGAUACAGUGGUGCUCAGCAUUAUUUUCGCUUUGUUCUGUAUAUUCUCCUUAUUGAUUGUCUACACACAGAACCUUUCCUGGCGGAACUUGACCCUCGCUAAUAUUCUGCUCAACGAUAAGAGUCUGCGUGGACUUCUGGGACAAUCGUUUCCGUUUCCGCCAAACCCAAGCAAACAUCUCAAGCUGAUCAUAUUCAUCCUGUGCUUCGCCAGCGUCAUGAUCACCACCAUGUACGAGUCCUACCUGCAAGCCUAUUUCACCCAGCCACCGUCAGAGCCGUACAUUCGAUCCUUUCGGGACAUUGCCAACUUCUCGAUUAAGGUGGCCCUCAGCCGAAUAGAGGCUAAUGUCUUAACUUCCGUGAAUAGCACCCAUUUCAGGGAGAUUAGCAAAGAUCACCUAUUGAUCCUUGAGAAUUGGCCUGAGUACCUUAUCCUGCGCGACUCCUUUAACACAAGCUUCAUCUUUCCGGUGUCCGUGGACCGCUGGGAUUGCUACGAGGCGCAGCAGAAACUCUUUUCGGAGCCCGCCUUCUAUCUCUCUGACCUGUGCUUCAACAAGCUGAUGUUCUUCAGCCUCCCGGUGAGAAAAUACCUGCCACAUCGUCAUCUCUUCGAGGAUCACAUGAUGCGGCAGCACGAGUUCGGCCUGGUGGCAUUUUGGAAGACCCGAAGCUUCUAUGACAUGGUUCAACUGGGACUGGCGUCCAUAAGGGACUACAGUCAGAAGCGCCAGACCGAUGGGAGUCUUCUGCUGGACGAUAUUUCCUGGAUACUCAAACUAUAUUCGAUGGCCAUUGGAAUAAGCAUUUGCUGCUUCAUCCUAGAGAUCUCUGGUUGCAUAAAGCUGUGGGAACGAUUGUGGCGAUGCCAAAGGUUAAGAAGAGCUCAAUAA